GAGAGGACGUCUUGUUCAGGAAACUAAACGUUUCACAGAAACCAAAGUCGCCCGACAUGGAAGCAGUUCUCGCUUAAAAGAGGGAAUAAAACACAUUUUGGGCAAAUAGUCUGAGAGAGACAGAAACCACAACAAGGAAUGGCCUCUGCUUACACUUCCUGGUCUGAAGAUAACGUUUCAUGUCCCAUCUGUCUGGAUGUGUUCAGCAGCCCAGUUACCACACCAUGUGGACACAACUUCUGCAAAAACUGUAUUACAAAGCACUGGCAUGAACAAGUCUGGCACAAAUGUCCUGUUUGCAACGAGCCUUUCAAGACAAGACCUGAAUUACGGAUCAAUACCCUCUUAUCAGAGAUGGUUGGUCGGUUUGGAAGGGUAAAAGAGCAGCCUUGUGUUGAACCAGAAAAAGUUCCUUGUGAUGUCUGUACCGGGACCCAGAUGAGGGCCGUGAAGUCCUGCCUAGUGUGUCUUAUCUCUUACUGCCAAACCCACCUGGAGCCACAUCAGAGAGUCGAAGUCCUGAAGAAACAUCGGCUGGUCGAGCCUAUGGACCGUCUGGAAGACAGGAUGUGUAAGAAACAUGACCGACUUCUGGAGCUCUUCUGCAACACUGAACAAGUGUUUGUGUGUCAGUUCUGCACAGAGACAGAUCACAAGUUCCAUCCUGUUGUACCUAUAAAGGAGGAAUAAGAAGUGAAGUUGGCCGAGUUUGGGGAGAUUGUGCCUGCAGUUCAGCAGAUGAUCGAGGAGAGAAAACAAAAGAUUAAGGAAAUUAAAGACACAGUUAAACGCAGCAAAGCAGAUGCAGACAGAGAGAUAGCCGAUGGUGUGCAGAUCCUCACUGCUCUGAUGCGCUGCAUUGAAAAGUGCCAGGAUGAUCUCAACCAAAUGGUUAAUGAGAGACUAAAAACCACAGAGAAACAGGCUGAAGACCUCAUCAAAGAACUGGAGCAGGAAAUAGAAGAUCUGACCAAUAGAAGCUCAGAGGUGAAGCAGCUCUCACACAUUAAAGACCACUUCCACUUCCUCCAGACCUUCAGAUUCCUGAAGGAUCCUCCACCCACAAGGGACUGGACGACGGUGGAGGUCCGUCCUCUGUCAUGCCUAGGGACCUUGAGGAAAUCCCUGGAUCAGCUGGAGGAGACCCUGAACAUGGAGAUGAAGAAGCUGUGUAAUGAUGCUGAACUGAAGAGGGUCCAGCAGUAUGAAGUAGAUGUGUCUCUGGAUCCUGAUACAGCUCAUCCCCAGCUCAUCCUGUCAGAUGAUGGGAAACAAGUACAUCAUGUAGGUGCAAGGAGGACGAUAUUCAACCCUAAAAGAUGGGUUACACAAUGUGCAUGUGUUUUCACAAGGCAGAGCUUCUCCACAGGGAGAUUUUACUUUGAGGUCCAGGUUAAAGACACGACUCAAUGGCAUUUGGGUGUUGCAAGAGAGUCCAUCAAGGGAAAGUUUCUGAGCAUAUUUACCCCUGAGAUAGGUUACUGGACUAUUAAUUUAAACAAGGAUGGGUUGGUAUUUAAGGAUAACCCUGCUGUCCAUGUCCCUCUGAGAGCUGAGCUCCAGAAGGUGGGGGUGUUUGUUGAUUAUGAUGAGGGUCUGGUCUCCUUCUACGAUGUGGAAGCCAGGGUUAAUAUCUACUCUGCUACUGGCUGCACCUUUAGUGAGCCUCUCUAUCCAUUCCUCUGUCCAUGUGAUCAUGAUGUUGCCCCCCUGAUCAUGUCACCUGUCAAUCAAACAGACUAGGAACUUUGUUUGCUGAUAAAAUAAUCAAACAACCAAAACAACUAAUGUUGUUUCCUAAAUUAGAAUCUCUACUAUGAGAUCUGAGAGAACUACCGUAUUUUCCGCACCAUAAGGCGCACCGGAGUAUAAGCCACAGCAGCUAAAUUGAAUGAUGUGAACAUAUAUAAGCCGCACGCACUGGACUAUAAGCCGCAGGUGUUUUAAUGUUAAAUUACCAUCAGGGCUUCCCCGAAUGCCAUUUUUCAGGCCUUGAAUACUCGUUGGUUUUUCCUAGCAAAUAUACGAAUACCCGUUCCAGAAAAAAACACCAUCAAAAACAACAUUAAUAAUAAUCCCUAUGUACUCCCUGGAACCGAUUUUGAUAGUAUAUGCAUCUUUAGUUGAAGAUUUGAUAGCUUUUGAACGUUAAUUAGUAGGCCAAAGAAGGUUGAAGUUCCUUAGUUUUUCCCCGUGGAAGCGAACAGCUGUUGUUCCGUUCCAAAUCAGCUGUCCUCUGCCAUCUCAGCCCUUACGGGAGCUUUUCAAUUCAUCCUGGAACGUACAUCUUUUCAGGGAAUUUGUACAAUAAAUCCAUAACAAAUACCGAAUAUUGAUUGUCUUAUGUGUCCAUAUUAUAUCCAUUAUAUUCACUGGGUAUUCCCAAGACGCUCACGCUCUGCAGCAAGCCAGUCACAGUUGAUUGGCGCGGCGCUGUACAGCGAACGUAAACAAACAACUAAGCUAAGGUUAGCAUUGCGCUAAGUAUUACUUUUCCUCCCGAGGUCCCUCUUAUGUUGUUAUAAAGUAAAGGGAAACAAGAUAAAAACAUAAACAUGUGCUUGGUACAGCAAACUAUAUUCUUUACAACCAAGAGAAAGAGGUCUCUAUGUUCUCAGAUUAGGUCAGAAAUACUCCCCCUAAAAUUAAAUUCAUUUUAUUUUGUAUUGGCCGUUUCAUCAUGAUUUGUGAAUUAGGUUAUUCAAUAAAGAUCACCUAAAAUAAGUUCAUUAUAAGCGUGACAAGGAUAUGUUAGCUUGGCUAUUCAAAUAUAGAACUUUUGGGAUUGCUGAGUUUAUUGAAAAGGCGUGGGCUAGGAGGAAUAUGUCAAUUUAUAUUUAGCGUGUUUAUCCGGUACAAAAGUGUGAUUGUGUAUCUACUACACUCUUUGUGUAGUUAUAUCGUAUCUUGUAAUCCUGUGUGGGAUGGGCUACUUGUGUGGCAUGACACGAAAAUAAACAUAAUCAAUCAAUCAAUCAAUCAAUCAAUAUAAUAUAUAGAUCAAUGUCUGAUUGACUCAAUGUUUUAAACUUUAAAUGCAACACUAUUAACAAUUUUAAAUGUUUGGGGCAAGUAGAACAUUAUGAAUGAUAACAUAAUCAAAUGUUUGUACACUUUUUAUUAUUAUUUUAUUUAUUCUUUUAUUUGAAUUAGAAUCUCUACGAUGUGAGAUCUGAGAGAACCCGCUUUGAUGUUGUACUGUUGUCUUUUAACAAGGAGAAAUACAUUAGGGGAAAUAACCCUAACUACUAUAAAUCAUUGCCCAUGAUACAUGAUUAGAUUACAUAUACUAUAUUGAUCAAUGUCUGAUUGACUGAAUGUUUUUAUGCAACGCUAUUAAUAAUUAGUUUGGGGCAAGUAGAUCAUUGUGAAUGAUAACAUAAUCAAAUGUUUGCGCACUUUUUAUUUCAAUAAAGAAUUGCAGAAAG